ACUGAGUGAGUGUGUGUGUGUUUUCUUACUUGAAAUGACCAGACUUUACAGUUUCAUAGAUAUAAAGUCCUCAUUUUCCACCGAGUGUUCCCUAACUUGUCUGAGCCUGUAACAUUACCACCAGCAGCACCUGCAGGUGGACAAACAGCAGCCAAAGUUCUGUGAUUUAUCCCUUGCGGCAACUUUUAUAUAUUUAACAGAAGUCCGAGAUGUGGACACUAAAUGGAGGCUUGGCACAUGCACGUGUCCGUAUCCGUGAAGCUCAUCCACAUGCACACAGAUCGGCCGAAUCACCAGUUAAAUGUUGGACAUCCGGUGGCACUGCCAGCUGCGCCCCAUUUUUUAUUGUUGUCUGUGCGCUGGAAGGAUCCCUGUUGUCUCGGCUGGAGACUCCGCGGUGCGUGGUGGCUGCUUUAGACGGGAGGGCUGAAAGCUGCAGGACUGAGUCAUGUGAAAAGGCAUCGACCACUUGGCCCUUUUCAACUCUCAACCUUUGCCGAACCCAGCUGAACUGACGUUGUGACCGCGACCUGACACCCUCCUGCCUCGGGCAUGCCUCAGCCGGGUAUGAAUGGGAUGGAGCCUGCGUUUGGCGAGGCCUACGGGGGCCACAGGGGUCUGCUGAGCCCCUACCCUCUGGCCAUGUCGCCACAAGGGGGCAGGACUGAGUACGACCAGAGCAUACUCCUCAUGCUAGGCUCCCCGGCAUCGCCAAGGAAACGGCCCUUUGAGUUGCUUAGCGACCUGGUGGACGACGGUGGCUUCGGAGAGGACCUGCACCCAGAGCGCUGGGAUGUGUCUGCCCUGGACGAGAUGGCCCGCUACACCAAACUGGGCCUCGGGGUGGGAGGGGAGCUGCUGGCCUGCUCGGAGGAGGCCGUUCUAAUGGGGCGCUGGGGCUGGAGCCGGGAGGAGGAAGAGGAGGAGAGGAGGAGGAGCAACAAGGCACCCACACACUCUGCACCUCCCGUCACCCAGGAGGUCCAGGCCACCGCUGCAGGGGGGGAGGAGGGGUGUAUUAGCGUUGCCACAACGACAGAGAGGGAGUUAAGUGUUGCAGGAAGAGCAGCAGCAGGAGGAGGACAGGACGGGAGGUGCACAGUGGAAGUCUAUCAGGUGGCACAGGAGGAAGAGGAGGCGGCAGCAGCGGCGGCGGCAGGUUUGACGCUGGAGCACUGCAGUGAGGAGCACAACUACUCUCUGAGCCAGGGAGGCGAGCUGGGGACUGGGCCUACUCACACCUCCCAGACAGAGGAGGUGGGUGUGGCGGAGGCGCCGAAGGAGGCGUGGGGCAAUGAGGAAACCUCCCCCAAAACAGAGCUAGAGCUGGAGGAAGAAGACGAGGAGCAGGAGGAAGAUGAGGAAGAUGAGGAGGGGGAUGAGGAGGACGAGGAGGAAGAGGGCGCUGAGGAGACAGCAGUGGAGGCCGAACUUUCUAGCUCCUCGGAAACUGAAUGUGAGGUGGAGGCCGAACCGGUGAGGCAGCCAGGCGAGCGCCCGUCCAAGCGCCGCUGUUUCUGGGAGUAUCGACGCACCCGAGACUCAGCCACGAAGAAGAAACUGAGCGGAGACGUCCACUGGUCACUAUCCUGGAGCUCCAGCACUCUGCCCAGCACACUGUACCGCAGAGAGGGUAAAAAAGGACGACGCAAAGCUCGUAAGACCGACGCCAGCGACCUGACGCCCAACCCCCAGAAGCUUCACAACAUCGGGGAGCAGCUCCAAAAGCUCAACAGUGCCAUUGACGGCAUGGGCCCCGUCAACGACCUGCCCGCCGUGGCACGAGCCCGAUCCCGCAAAGAGAAGAACAAACUGGCCUCCAGGGCCUGUCGACUCAAGAAGAAGGCCCAGCACGAAGCCAACAAGAUCAAGCUGUGGGGGCUCAACCAGGAGUAUGAGAACCUGCUGGGGGCGCUGCUGCGGAUCAAAGAGGUGAUUCGACUGCGGGUGGAGAGCAGUGAUGAAGACGACGCUGAUGAACGAGGGAUGACCCAACGUCUGGAAGACAUCCUCCGAGAGUCCAGCGGUCCCUUAGUUGCUGGUCGGACCAAAGACUUUGUGCAGAGGAUUUUGGCAGCCAGUGCCGGCGGUCAGGGCCAACAUAAAGAGCCCUCACAUGAAGAUGAGGCAGCGGGAUAAACUCACCUGGCAACCAUUCCUCCUCCUCCUCCUCCUCCUCCUCCUCCUCCUCCUCCUCCUCCUCCUCCUCCUCCUCCUCCUCAUCACCCCUCCCCCUCCUCUCCUCGCACUCCUGAUCUGAUCCUACCUGACCAGGAUUAAGGGCCUGCACCCUCACAGCAAAGGCAUGGAGAAGCUGGCAAAGAAGAAGAAGAAAAGGAGGAGGAGGAGGAGUAGCCUAAACAAAAUGGGAGUAAAUGACCUCCCUGCUCCUAACAGCAGUCCUGUUCACCGCUCUGCCUCUGCAGGCUGCACCACAAACACCACCAGGCCAGAGCUGCUGCUGCUGCUGCUGACGAUGAUGAUGAUGAUGAUGAUGUCUCUGUGUUGUGUGUUCUGUCUGUGUGUGUGCGUGCGUGUGUGUGUGUGUCUCUGUAACAUACUGUAUGAGCGUGUAUAGUGUUCCUCUCUCCCUACGUGUGCUGUAUUUGUAUCCCAUUGUGCCUAUGAAUAGACAUUGCACUGUUUUGUAGAUGGUCGUAGUUGUCGGCAGGGGACUAGUAGUGAGCCGAGGGCAAGGGGGCAUUUGAGGAUAGAGGAAACGCUAAAAUAAGGAAGUGGGAGGAGACCAGGCCUGGAAAACAAAGAAGCGAGUGUGUGUUUCUCAUUUGGCCAGGCUCCUAUAGAAGCACUGCAUACCAUUUGGAUUGCAUCGGCAUCUGAAAUGUCAGUAAGUGUUGUGAUGGGAGUCCCAAUGCCAGACCAGCUGUUAAUGGAAAACAACUGUUUGUUGUGGAAAAAUCCUUGGAGCUUUAAUCCCCACCGUCCCCUUUUUUAAUACCAUCUCACCCUAUCAAAUGUAAGCAAAGUUUAAAAAAAAAAAAAAAAAGAAAAGAAAAAAAGAAAAAGAAACUGCACCUUAAUUCAGACUGACCAAAGAUUACUGAAACUGCUGAACCACUCAGACACCAAAAUGUCUCACUGCUUCAGAUGCUGCCAAUCAUUAACACAUCAUGUAGUUUGAGAAGUGAGUGGGAUAUUUCGAUUGUUGUCAUGUUUACCCACAUUUGUCCUUAAUUAAAGGAUUACUCAUCAGACUUUAAAUCACUCAAAUGCACUACUGUCAAUGUGAGGAAAGGACUGACAGCUUAUCUGCAGUGACUUUAUUUUUUACCCACAAAAGGGAAGUGUCCUCAAUGCCUCCCCCAAGCCCUCUCCUCAACCUCUGACCUGAUUUAUGUAGCGCACCUUCCUGAAUUGCAAUGACAAAUAGAGAAAAAAAACACUUGUAGAGCUAGAAAGCAAAUAACUUGUUUCUUUUUUUUAUGUUGUUUUUUGGCAAUGCCACAGCCCACACAGUGGGUGUCAGUCUUGAGUUUUAAAAUCUGCCUUUUCUUCUGUGGUCUUUGCUGAAGCUGUAGACCAACCUGUCCAAGGUCUCUAAAUGUGUUUGGACAUAAAACAGUCAAGGACCCUUUGAAUUGCACUGUGGUAAGAGCAACUAAGCACCUUUGAAGAGGGCUUCAGAUCCUCCAAUAGAGAAAAAAAAAAAAGAAAGACUCUUGGCACCUUUUUUCUAAAGACUGAUAUUGAUUGAAAGGCUCUUGGUGAGCGGCCGGUGGUCUCUGUUUGUUUCAGUAUGGUGCUACUGUGUGAUGAGAAAAAAACCAAGCAAUGCAAACCUGAGCGGAGGCAUCAGGCAGUAACUGCUGACUGGGGUUUGUCCUGUGAGCACGUACUGUUGUAAUAGGCAGUUUGGCAUAAUGACGCCUUUCUAAAGUGCCUGGAGCUUAAAGCCACGGGGACCUGUGUUAUUAUGCCUGAUCUUAAACCCUAUUACAAGGUAAAACCCAUGACUACUGCUUCGCGUUGGCCUCACUUGACUUUACCAAUUUAGAGGAAAGAAAACGGACAGGCCUGUGCUAUGUCUUCUCACACAUCCAGCCAAACGAGAGAAAAUUUUCCUUAAAGACUUAAAACUCUACAUGGAAAGAGUAGCUGGCACCGCUUUCUGUGAACAUCAUCUCUGGGAAAUAUAAGUAGAGGAGGAGCUGUUAGCGAAGCAAUUCUCUUUUUGUUUUUCAGCCUUGACAAGCUCCCGUCUGGGCCGUCGUCCAAAGCUGCUGCUCUAUAACACUGUUGCUCCUAUGGAAACUCCAUUUCCUGUCCUGAGCAGGAGAGGAGCAGCUCAGCCUAAACUCUUCACCUCCUGGAGCUCUGACUUACGGUCAUUGCGAGAGCCAAGGAUACGUGGAGUGUUCAGAGCAUUGUAGCGCUGCUCCUGUUUUAGUUUCGGUAUCCCUUAAUUUCUGGGAAUCGCUGCUCGUGUUCCUGUGAGUUUAGGACUGUACUGUAAACAGAGGAUUCCUGUCUUUCAGCUGGAAAGGUUUGGCCGUGGAGCGCUGCCGCUGGUGAGCAGAGCUCUUACACACUGAUGCCAAACACUGAUAGUCUGUGGCUUUGCAAGGAAAGACGCCUGAUCCUCUGAUGUCACUGCAACUUCUUAAUAACCGUUUAGACCACAGAAACCUGGUCUGGCCUCACGUUGAAUUUGAUCAUUUUACAGUGAAAUAUUAUGUAAGAUGAGGUCGCUGAGGCCAGAAGAAGAAAACCCUCGGCCUGUUUGGUUAAAGGAGCUCUCUGGCCUCUUUCUAUUACUCCUCCCACUUCUCUCAAGGCUUGGGAAGCUGGCGAAGCUGCCAACGGAGUCACAGGAUCUCGUGCUGGCAGCAGCUUCCUGCAUAUGCCUCGCUGCAAACAAAGAGAGGAAACGACAGAAAACAACUGUACAAAUCACAGAGUCUUUAAAAAGAAUGGUAUGACUGUAUCUGUCAUCCUGGAGGAUGGGAGGUCUUUGGGUUUAGGAGAGAUUCCAGCUUUGGAUGCAGAUGUUUGUCCUGAUGUUUUCCCUCUAAUGUGAGGUUACAUAACACAAAACACCAUCUGCUGUGUACAUUAAUCUAUAUGCCAAAAACGAAUGCAGUGAAUCAUAGCCUCAGAUCCAGAGCAAACAGACCUGACACCAGACUUUAAGCAAGUCCUGAGCUCCUGUUAGAGCUCACGUGGAGAAUAUAGCAUCUUGUCUCCAUGGAG